GGUUAGGAUCGACCCGUUGGGAGAAAGCCGCGGUAUCGAAGGUUGGACUUCAAGACAGUUUUCUUGAGCCGAGUUUUUCUUCACACAGUUUAGCAAUGACAUCGAUAGAUGUAUGAAAUAUAAUGAUUGGAUUACUGGAGUUGGAUUUCUUUGGUUUAGUUUUGGGGGUCGUCACGCACUUGCCAGCAGUCAGAGUAGAAACGUUAGAUCCCAGUUUUGACGUACCGAUCACCAAUGUCACAGCAAUUGCGGGCGAGACGGUAACGCUGCCAUGUUCUAUAAAGGACCUGCAGGAUUACAAGGUGAUGUGGCUAGACCACAGAUUGAAAACUCUUACGCUGGAGACGAGAAGGAUAAUAGCAGAUGAAAGAAUCACUAUAGAACGACCCCACAUCAGCGACUGGAACUUAUUUAUUCACGGAGUUGAACUCUCUGACGCGGGAAAAUACAUGUGUCAGAUCAACACCGUUCCAGUUAAAAUCAAAUAUGUAGUGUUGUCUGUUCAUGAACCGCCCACUAUCAUACCCGAGCUUUCUAGUCCACGGAAAGUUACUGCCAAAGAAGGUGAUACAAUCCAGCUCGUCUGUAAUGUGACAGGUGUUCCUACACCGACAGUCACGUGGUACAGCAGAAACCAUGACAAUAUGAAAGUGGUAGGGUAUGAUGGAAUGGUGCUACAGAUACGAAAUAUAAGCCGGUAUUGUGAUGAUUUGUACAGGUGUUUUGCUAAUAAUAGCGUGCAACCAUCUGCCAGUCGAGAAAUAACAGUAACAGUACAGUUUCCUCCAGAGAUACAUUUGACAAACAGAAAAAUUAAGCAACGACUUGGAAAAGAGACAAUUUUAGAUUGCAAAGUGACAGCAAACCCACAAGUGUACAGUGCAUGGACAAAAGACGGCAUUCCAAUACAAAACAAUGAAAAGUUCAAAAUUGAUCUUUAUGAAGAAUAUAAAAAUACAUUGAUACUUAGUUUAAAGAUAUCAGAUAUUCAGGAAUCGGACUUUGGAGCUUAUCGCUGUGAAGCACAGAAUGAACUUGGUCGAGAUUACCAAGAUACAUUUCUUUAUGAGCUUAAACCACCAACUCCGGCUCCCAGCACUCCAAGAUCGACCAAGAGGACUACCACAACCAUACAUGAGUAUAUCUUCACGUGGGCUCCCGGUUUUAUACCCAUUACACCCAGGCCAGACUAUCACAGCAAGGAUCGAUUGCAAACACAUCGGCUUGCACCAAUAAAGAAACCACAAGGUAAGAAUGGGCAAAAAGGAUGCAUUUCACCUAUGCGGAAUAAUCUUUAUGUGGUGGGAUUACUUACGACUGUGUGUUUGUUGAUAAGGUGAAUACCGCUAACUGUUGGAAAUAAUUGAUUUCAAAAGAUGUGUCCUGACUACAGAAUGACUAUUUUGAUAUAACUAGAAGAAUAAAAGAUUUAGAAACUUAA